AUGACAACCACCGUUACCGUCUCGUACGAAUCCGGACCCAAGUUCGAUAUUGACUACUAUGUGACCAAGCACUUCGCGAUUGUUGAGGAGAAGUGGGGACCCCUUGGAUUGUUGAGCUGGGAAGUGCUGCAAUUCGACGAGGGCCAGCAGUACCAGGUACAAGCCAUCUUGAGAUGGAAAUCUACCGAGGCUUUUGAGGCGGCUUCGGCCAACCCGGUCACCCAGGAGGUCAUUGCCGAUGUGGCGAACUUCACUACGGCUAAGCCUAUCUUCAUCAAGGGCAAGUCGGCUGGUGCGUCCAGCGCGAAGCUGUAG